GAGUUUGAGGGAAGGUGGCCCAGACAGAUAGUCUCUUCUAUGGGACUAUGUCGGUUUGGAAGUAGAAUUGAUUGCUGCUGGGGCUGGGCUCGGCAGUCAUGGGGCCAAUGCCAACCUUUCUACGUCUUAAGGCAGAGAAUAGCCAGAAUAAGGUGCCAGCCCAAAGCUAUAUGUCAGCCUAGAUGCAAACAUGGUGAAUGUAUUGGACCAAACAAAUGCAAAUGCCUCCCAGGAUAUACUGGCAAAACCUGCAACCAAGCUGAGCACCUGUAUACAACGCCAACUGAGAGGCCCAAUGAACCACCUCUAUUCCGCCCCCUGGAUCAUCAUGCAACAAAUAUACCUUCAAGGGAUCUAAAUGAGUGUGGAUUAAAGCCUCGGCCAUGCAAACACCGAUGCAUGAAUACCUAUGGAAGCUACAAAUGCUAUUGUCUGAAUGGGUACAUGCUUAUGCCGGAUGGAUCGUGUUCUAAUGCUCUUUCUUGUUCAAUGGCAAACUGUCAGUAUGGCUGUGAUGUAGUAAAAGGAGAAGUACGCUGCCGCUGUCCUUCUCCAGGUUUGCAGCUAGGGCCUGAUGGCAGAACCUGUAUAGAUGUUGAUGAAUGUGCUACUGGGAGAAUUGUCUGUCCCAGAUUCAGGAAAUGUGUUAAUACUUUUGGAAGCUACAUCUGCAAGUGUCAUAAAGGCUUUGACCUGAUAUAUAUUGGAGGCAAAUACCAAUGCCACGAUAUAGAUGAAUGCUCAAUUGGCCAGUAUCAGUGUGGCAGCUUUUCGCGUUGUUACAAUACGCAGGGAACCUACAAGUGUAAAUGUAAAGAAGGAUACAGAGGUGAUGGAAUAAACUGCCUGCCUGUUCCUAAAGUUAUGAUUGAACCAUCUCGUCCAUAUAGUAUAUUCAAGGGCAAUACUACUCUUCCAAAGGGCAGCAAUGGUAUGACCAAUAGGAUUCCUGAUAUCGGAGGUACAAGACCACCUUUGAGACCACCAUUUAUACCAGCUAUUGUUACAGCAAGGCCUACAUCCAAACCAACACUAAGACCUACCCUAAAACCAACAUCUUGGCCUACGCCCAAGCCAACUACUAGGUUUGUAUCAAAGCCGGUGACAACAAAACCACCACUUCUGAAGCCAGCAACAAGGCCUCCACCACCUUCUCCACCUACAACACCAAAGCCUGCACCAACAGCAAGAACCCCGCCAUUAACAACUAAAGACUCUUCCCUUGUUCCCACUGAAACUACCUCUCCUCAAGGAAUUACAGUUGAUAACAGUAUACAAAUAGAACCACAGAAACCAAGAGGGGACGUGUUUAUACCACGCCAGCCUGGAGUGAGCAAUAAUCUGUUUGAAAUAUUUGAAAUUGAAAGAGGGAUUAGUGCAGAUGAGGAUGAAGCAAACGAUGAUCCAGGUAUUCUGGUGCACAGCUGUAACUUUGAUGAUGGUUUGUGUGGAUGGAUCAAGGAUAAAGAUGAUGAUUUGCACUGGGAACCAGUUAGAGAUCCAUCAGGUGGACAGUAUGUGACUAUCUCUAAACCCAAAGGCAAAGAGGGAAAAGUAGCACGUCUAAUCUUGCCACUUGGCCAGUUAGCUCAUUCAGGAGACUUGUGUCUGUCCUUUAGACAUAAGGUAGCUGGACUACAUUCUGGUGUACUCCAAGUGUUUUUAAGAAAAAAUGGUGUGCAUGGUCCAGCAGUUUGGGGAAGAAAUGGAGGCCAUGGCUGGAGACAAACACAAAUAACUUUGCAAGAUUCGGGCAUCAAAAGUGUUAUUUUCAAAGGUGAAAAGGAGAAAGGAAGGACUGGGGACAUUGGGUUAGAUGAUGUGAGCUUGAGGAAAGGCCGCUGCCCUGAAGAACAUUAGCCACAGCACUGGACUGGCAAAGAACAUACAUGAAUUCUCUUCCUUAGUCCCAUCAAAUUAAAAGAAAACUCUGGGCCAAAAUGGAAAAUAUGGACAGUGAUCACCUCAUUAACCUGCGUUGUGCAACCCCAGUAAAACUCCAUGCUAAUACUGGGUAUAUUCUUUGUCCCUGAUCAUGCAUUAUGUGGUAAAGUUAUCAUGCACCAUGCCUAAGAGAUGCUCAUAUUUAAAUAGGUAGGAGGGCCCAAGUACGGCUAUAUGAGAUCUUUAACUCACAGUGGUAUUAUUAACUGUUGUACUGUGUUUUGCCACACUGCUGCCAUUACACUGAUAACAAUA